UACCUACUUGGCUGUCUGUACACAGUACAAACCGUACUCGAUUACGAUUUGCGAUUCAGUCGGCGACCGGUGCCCAUUGGCGUUUGAACUGUGCCGUCGUCGCUCCGUGAAAUUAAUACUUAUUUGUAGUUAUUAUACAUAGGACAGUGAAACAUUGCUAUUCUCUAAGCGUUAUUGCGUUUAUUAUAUAAUUUUUAUGAAUACGCAGAAGUUUUUGCGGUUAGUGAAUUGUUCAUAAGUGAUCCGUGCUUCGCGUAGCCAGAAAUAUGAUACAAUACACAAACUGUUUUUUAUUUUGACCAUAGAAUAGUUAUCCGGUUAUAUAAUUUUGUGUGAUUUUUUGCUAUAAAAUUUAUAGCAUUGUGCUGGACGACUCAACGAUUGUAUGUGCGUGUAUAGAUUAUAAAAGAGAUACUGAACAGGAUAACGUGAAGAAAAUAUGGAUUCAAAAGUUGUCCUUAAGGGCGACAAUCCGCACGAUAAAGCAAAUAUAUUUUCUAAAGUAUUUCUUUGUUGGAGCUUUCCGCUGUUUGCAAAGGGACAUAAAAGUGGACUAAGCGUAGAUGACUUGUGGAAAGCUCGACAAGCCGAUCAUUCGGGUAGCCUCGGCGACCAGCUCGAAGUGGCGUGGAACGAAGAAGUACGCAGAUCUAAAGAAAAAAACAUUAAACCGUCACUGUCUAGAGCAAUUAUAUCAUGUUUUUGGCUGGAGUAUCUGCUCUGUGGUAUCUUAGUUGGCGUACUUUUUAUUAUAUUAUGGCCCACCAUUCCUUUUACCCUGGCAUUAUUCAUUGGAUACUUUUCUGGCGAAAAAACAGCGGAGACUUAUAGGAACGCCCAUAUUUAUAAUUUCCUCCUGAACGUCGCGACCAUAUUAACCGCUGUCUGUUUGAGUCACACGCAGUUGGGCCAAGGGCGUGUCGGCAUGAGAGUAAGAAUAGCAAGCUGCUCAUUGUUAUACAGAAAAAUACUUCGCCUUAAUCGUGUUGGUCUAAGUCAAACUGAGCCGGGCCAAGUAAUUAACUUAAUGUCGAACGACGUAAAUCGGUUUGACCUGGUCGCCCUUUAUCUGAACAAUUUAUGGGUGAUGCCAAUAGUGGUGAUAGUCGUAUGCUAUUUGGUGUGGCAACAUAUAGGAUUGGCGACGAUAGCCGCCCUUGCUGUUAUAAUAACUCAAAGUAUAUUCGUUCAAGCGUAUCUAAGUAACUUACAAGGCAAGUUUCGAGGUAAAAUCGCCAAACGCACAGACCAAAGAGUGAAGGUUAUGAGUGAACUAGUCAACGGAGUUCAAGUUAUCAAAAUGUAUGCUUGGGAGAAGCCAUUUGAGAAAAUCGUCGACCAACUACGAAAGAUUGAAGUGAAGUUUAUACUGCACACUUCGUUCAUAAAGGGCUUCUCGACGGCUCUCAGUGUGUUCACGGAACGGUUCAUAUUGUUCUCCGCAUUGGUUGCGUUUGUUUUGCUCGGGGGCGAAAUCCGAGCCGAUAUCACGUUCUCGCUGGUACAAUACUACAACUUGCUGCAAUUGGCCUGCAACAUACUGUUUCCUAUGGCACUUGCUUUUCUUGCGGAAACAAAAGUGUCUAUCAGAAGGAUCGAGGAAUUCCUUGCACUUGAAGAAUUGGACCCUCAUGAAACAGAAUCGAAUGGUGUUAACGGGAACGUGAUAACGAGCGACGUUGAGAUGAAGAAAGAGAAACACAAGCUGAUGGAAUCCCCAAGUCUGGUGCUGUCGAAUGUCAGUGCGAGUUGGCAACAGAGUCCUAUUGUGGAGACUCUACGUAAUAUAUCGUUGACUGCGCCUCCGGGUACAUUCGUCGGAAUAGCAGGCCUUGUUGGCUCCGGAAAGUCGACACUACUGCACGUGAUUCUGGGCGAGCUGAAGCCAACACAAGGAACAGUGUACUUGGGAGGUGCUCGUGUUUCUUACGCGAGUCAGGAGCCGUGGCUAUUCGUUGCGACGGUGCGGCAGAACAUCCUGUUUGGAUUGCCUUACGAUCGCGUCAGAUAUAGAAAGGUGGUGACGGCGUGUGCCCUGCUGCGAGACUUCGAGCAGCUUCCUGCCGGGGACUCCACAAUGGUUGGUGAACGAGGCAUCAGCCUGAGCGGUGGCCAACGCGCUCGUAUCGGUCUGGCCCGGGCAUGCUAUCGUCAAGCGGACAUCUACCUCUUGGACGAUCCACUAUCCGCCGUGGACACUCAUGUCGGCAAGCACCUGGUGUCAGAAUGUCUGAUGGGUCUUCUGGGCAACACCACCCGCAUCUUGGUCACACAUCAGCUGCAUCACCUCAAAAGCGCUGAUAAAGUCGUCAUUUUGAGAAAUGGAGAAGUGGAGAUUACUGGCAAUUUCGAUGAGGUGUCCAAGUCCCCGUUGUUUGAAGAGUUGCUGGAAGAAGAAGAAGUGCCUGGACAGCCCGAGACACCAAAGGCACUUGUUAAAAGAGAACGAACUAUUUCUAUACAGUCACAAACAAGUCUGAGUACAUCGUUAGCUGCUGAAGGCUACCCAGAGGACGCGGAUGAACAACAAGAGAAGGCGGAACUUAUUGAAAAAGGUCGUGUCACCGCAUCGGUAUACAGAAGAUAUUUCCGAGCUGGCGGAGGAUGGGGAAUCCUUUUCUUUGCCCUGGUCUCCGUUAUCAUUGCUCAAAUGAUAACAUCGGCGAGUGACCUCUGGCUUACCUACUGGAUGAACAAUGUUGAAAGUAAGCACAACCGUUACAGUCUCAUAGAAGAGAGACUUGCGAAUGGGACUGACUUGAAUGAUACACUGCUAGUGCUUCCCAGACAAGACAAUACAAACCAGUCUCUACUCGUUGUCAAUGACUUGCUAAGUACUACGAUGAACCCGAACCUAACAGUAAUAGGCACUAUGGUUAAGACUGCGUUAACAAUGGUGGAACACGAAGAGCCUCUAGACCAUAUAUUUUAUAUUUACGUGUGGGCGGCAGCGAUUCUUGGCUGCAUGAUUUUCACAACGGGAAGGUCCCUACUGUUUCUGUGGCUGUGCACUCGCACUUCUGUGAAACUUCACAAUCAAAUGUUCAGCAACAUAAUGACAGCGACGAUGCGAUUCUUCGAUACGAACCCUUCCGGUCGCAUCCUGAACAGAUUCUCUAAGGACAUGGGCAUCGUUGACGAGAUACUCCCGAGAAUGUUCUUGGACAGUAUUCAGGUGUUCAUGGUGAUGAUGGGAAUAUUGGUAAUGGUGGCUAUAGUGAGCCCUUUCAUGUUGCUCACAACUCUGUUCUGUGGCGUCCUGAUGUAUAUGUGGACCCUCGUCUACCUCAACACAGCUCAGGCUAUUAAAAGGGUUGAAGGGAUAACUCGCAGUCCCGUGUUCUCACACGUGUCAGCCAGUAUGGCGGGAUUAGCCACAAUACGGUCAAGUGAAGCCCAGGAGAUGUUACGGAUACAGUUUGACGAAAAGCAGGACGUUCAUACCGCCUCCUGGUACCUGACAAUAAUCACAAACACUGCGUUCUCGAUAUAUUUGAGUCUCAUAUCGUCGCUGUAUGUCAUCGUGGUCGCUUACACCUUCCUACUUCUCGAUGAUGGAAAGACAAAGUCGGGUAACGUCGGCUUAGCGAUAAGUCAAGCUUUGAUCUUGGUGACGAUGAUGCAGCAUGGUAUCAAACAAACAACGGAAGCGAUAUCACAGAUGAUCAGCGUGGAAAGACUUCUGCAGUAUACUAACCUGCCACAGGAGGAGCAGGCGGGUGCUUCGCCCCCGGCCGAGUGGCCGAAACGAGCCAAAAUUGUGUUUAAGGACCUUUACUUGAGAUACGACAAGGAGGCAGAACCUGUACUUAAGAAUUUGAAUAUUGUUAUAGAAAGUGGAUGGAAGGUGGGUGUUGUCGGACGCACCGGCGCUGGCAAAUCUUCAUUAAUCUCUGCACUGUUCCGCCUGGCACCAAUCGAUGGACACAUUUACAUCGACGACCUGGACAGCACCGAAAUAGCCUUAAAGCAACUCCGGUCCAAAAUCUCAAUCAUACCACAAGAGCCAGUAUUGUUCUCGGCCAGCUUGCGAUACAACUUGGACCCGUUCGACAAGUAUUCCGACGCGGACGUUUGGAGAGCCUUAGAACAGGUUGAACUAAAGAGCACAGUUACCUCUCUGUCAUCCAACGUGGAAGCGGGCGGUGCGAACUUCAGUGUGGGACAGAGACAGCUGCUAUGUCUGGCGCGUGCAGCGCUAGCAAGGAACAAACUGCUCGUUCUGGAUGAAGCCACUGCCAAUGUUGACCCCAACACGGACGCGUUGAUACAGAAAUCAAUACGUAAACACUUCGCGCAGUGUACUGUGAUCACCGUAGCGCACAGGCUUCACACUGUUGCUGACGCAGACCGUGUUGUUGUUAUGGAGGCAGGUCAGAUCGUUGAAAGCGGUCACCCACACGACUUGCUGCAGAAAGAGGAAGGCUACUUCACGAAAAUGGUCAAACAGUUGGGACCCGCGUCGGAGCAGAGUCUGAGAGAACUGGCGCACAACGCGUACCUACAACACAUCAAGUACGCCGACGCAGACGAGCAAACAUAGUUUCGAAAUAUACUAGUGUUUAGUGAUAAAUCGAAUUGCAAGCAUUGCACGUGAUAUUUAAUUAGAUGCUGUGCAAUCGAUAGUAAAACUAUACAGGAUGUAAUUGUUAAGUGUGACCAGCGGGCCUACCAUGAACUCUUAUUGCGAUUCAAUUGACGACCUUAAAUGAAUUGCUUCGCUAUUUCAUACCACGACUUCAUUAGAGCUAUCCAGUUUUGGUUGACUUCAAAUCAAUCAAUCAAAAAAAGUACUCAGUGCUCCUGUCAAAUCAAACAUAAAUGGAGGUGCGUUGAUAACUCGCUUCAAUCAGUUUAUUUUUACGAAAACACCUAAGCAAACCUUUAAUUUGUAAUUCAAAGUACUAUAUACAUACAUAGAUUAGUACUAAAGGGCGACUUUAAUACCUAAUGGUUUAUAAGUUUGACGCUAUAAAGCGCAAUUUUAAAAUGUAUUUGUAGUAAUUUCUACGCAAAAAACCGCUAAUAUCAUAUAUACAUAUAUAUAUAUAUAUAUAUAUAUAUAUAUAUAUAUAUAUAUAUAUAGGUUUCGAAACGCAACGCAUAUGGUUCGAGUAAGAGAGACAAACUCAUGCAACGACUGUACACCGUCAUCUCUUUCUCACACCGCGGACCACAGACAAAUUUCUUUCAUUCAUUCUUCCAUAAGCGAUCCAAACGCCAUUCAGUUAUAGGCACUUCAUGGUACGAAUCUUAGCGAUUCAGUUUAGGCACCUAAACUGAACUGCAUCGGAAUUGAAUCGCUAAUUAAAAGUUGAUGGUAGGCCUUCAGGUGAUUAUACUGUAAAUACUAUGGAUAUCAAAAAACAAAAAAAAAAUAUUAAAUACUCCCAAACAUUUUUUGUAUUGGAUACUUCUCGUUUGAUUUUUAAAAAGUUAUUGAUGUCAUUUUACUGAUUAAUGGCCUUUCGAUAUCAGUUUAAAGUUUUUUGAUAUCUGGUCACACUUAACGAUUACACGCUGUAUUUAAAUAUAACCAGCAGUGAGACAAUACCAAUAUAUAAUAUAACAUGUUGGAAUGAAUAAUCUAGAUGUAUCUUUUAUAAGUAAUUAAUACGUAUGUAUGUUCUUUGCUUACAUAAUAUAGUUGCGAGUAGUACUUAUGAAUAUGAUUCAGAAAAUAUGCUUUUUUCCGCUGAACCUAACAAUUUAAUGAAAAUAAUAUAAAACAAAUAAACUUUAUAAAGGAGAUAAUUGUUAUUGCUCGUAAGGCAUACAUACUUAAUUGUCGUUUCAAAGAUGCCUGAAUUGUAAGAACUUAUUUUUAACCGACUUCAAAAAAGGAGGUUCUCAAUUUGUCGGUAUGUUUUCUUUUUUGUUUAAUAAUACUCAUGUCAAUAUAAUUAAUUAAUAUUGCUAUUUGAACGCGAAAACUAGCGUAAUUUCAUAAUCAUGUGAAUAACUCAGUACUUAGUGUAUACAAGCUUUUGCCCGCGACUUCGUACUUACGUAACAUAAUAUAGGUACCUAGAUAAGAGAAAACACCAAUAUAUAUUAUAUUAUAUUAUGAACAAACAAAAAAUAUAGAAUUUAUACUCACUACUACUAGAAUAUAAGUAUUAUUAUUGUAAUGCAUUUACAGUGUGACUAAAGUAAUUAUGAAAAUGUAAGUUGUAACUCAUAAAAACAGAUAAUUAAUGA